AACGCAAACGGUGAUGACGUAGAAAGAGCGCCCAAGCUUACUCGAGCCUCCUUCUGGAUUAUCUAUCUCGUUGGGGCCAGUCUCCCACUCGCAGUCUAUCUCCCCUGCUUCUUGCCGGGAAUCCUUUCCCCGGUCCAAAAGACUUGUCACUUAGAGGUCUUCGUCGACUCCUUCUCCGUCUCAAACGCCUCGACCGCAAACGCAGAUUGGAACGUAAGUUUUGUUGCGAAGAGUCCACGUAACGGCUGCAAAGUCGCUCUCCAUAUGAUCAAAACGCGUCUCCUCCGCGGCAGCAAUCUUAUCUCCGAGUCAUUCACUCCUGACUAUUUCGGGAAACUUGUCAACGGAAAAAUCAACGAACCGCUUCCGUACGCCGUUUUCAAAAACGUUACCACGCCGCAAGGUAUUGGUGGCGGCGUGGUGUGGGAUCUUCGGGUCAAUGUCGUAUCUAGCUUUUAUGUAAGCGGUUUUCGACAUUCGGGUCAGGGUUUCUUGAUCGUGGAUUGUGGCGGUAUACCGGUGAACUUCACGGUGGAUACGGCUGGAGAUGUGAAGGGAUCGUUGCUCGGACAUAUGAGGCCGUGUGAGUAUUUAUUACGGAGUAAUUAUACAGACACAACCUUUUAGAACUUGUUUUUUUUCUUUCUCCGAUCAUCAGUCUAUUCUCCUUUUACCUGU